ACGGUAACCAUUAGCACUGUAGUGCUAUUCCUGCGACAAAAAUUGGAACGCAUUACCUACAGUUCCAGGAAAAGGACAACAUGAGACGUUUGAGUCUCAAAGAGAUUAGAUUGAAACAUUUGAUGUUCGGCAUAAUACUAACUGUGUUAGUUAUUGUUGUCUUCCGGAUUCGUGCAUCAGUUGAAAACGUCUAUGUCGACCAUGCAUGGAAAGUCAAACCUACCAAGCAACCUAUGUCUUCAAACUAUACGAUUCACGACGUUCUCUUAAUCGGUUACGUCAUGGGAGGCACUGUGUUUCCGGCUGAGGUACUGGGCAUGCGCUCUGGACAUUUUUACGUACAAGAACCAUUACACAAAAUCGCCAAACACCAGUAUUUCAAACCAGGAUACAUCUGUAAUAUGCUGGAUAUGCAGUGCAAUGCCACGACUUUCGCUGACCGAGAGGCGCUGGGUAUAGUACAGGCUGUGUAUCAGUGUGACAACACUCGAUACAAGGCACACUUACGGAUGUGGCAGCUACGCAAAAUAGUGGGAGACCAGUCGAACUGGCAGCAAAACGUCAAGACGCACUGUGGGGACGAGCAACAUAAGGACUGUCGCGCAAGGAUUUUGAGUCAAUGUUCUGUUUCGGUUUCCAGGGUUGUCAGUACUCCUCGGCUCAGUUUAAGUUUGGCGUCGCGUCUGUUGGAACAGAUUCCCAAGUUGAAAAUUAUUCAUGUUUUACGAGAUCCCAGAGCAAUGAUGAAUUCAAUCUUACGUGCUAAAUGGCCUUUACAGAGCGAAGAAAUAAACACUGCCAGAUCUGUUUGUCAGAAACUGAGAGACGAUCUCGCAGAAUCCAGUCUAAUUAAACGAGUGUUACAGGGGAGAAUACUUACUGUUUUUCAUGAAAAUUUGGCAACAACACCAGAAAAAACAAUGCAGGAAAUAUUUGAUUUUGUUGGAUAUAAAAUUGAUGAAAAAGGUUUAUUGCUGAAGAAAUCAAAGAAAUUGUUUUACGAUAAUUCCACUUUGACAGCUGAACUAUGGAGGACGCAAGUGCCAUGGCAUGUUGUUAAGGUUACCAACGACGUAUGCGCCGACCUAUAUCGUUUACUUGGAUAUCCGGGAUUGGUCGAUAGAUAUGAAUUAUACAAUAACAGUAUACCAUUGUUGAUACCGACAAAUGAUCGCGACACCAUACAGAGUGGUUAAUAUACUUCCUAUACUAAUCCAAUUAUAUUUUAAAACAACAGGCAACGAUAUGUUUUUCCUAGCAGGAACUACUUUAUGUACUCCUUUGUUUCAGUUGUGCAAAUGUAUGUAAAGUGUAUAUAGUAUGAGUCGUGCCAAU